UUUGGUGGGCAUCCUGGAACGGCUCAAAUUGCAGCUGGAGCCCAACACAAAGGAGGAGACCCUUCGGGCCCUGUGCUUGCUGGCAGGCAACUGCACCCACAGCGUUGUGCCCCUGCUGCUCAACAGGCCCCUCCCUUGGGAUAGAACCAUUUUGGCCCCAUGGAGGUUGUUCGGCACCGAGCGAAAGACCACAAUCAACGUCCUGCAGCUGCUGAUAGGCAUCCUGGAAAACCACUCCACAGAGGGCACGACGGAGAAAGCCCUAGAGCCCGAGGAGGAGGCGUUUGCCUUGUGUGAGAUGCUAUCCGGGACUCUGUGCCGGGAGGCCAUCCUGGAACUCUACCCCCGGCUAUUGCUGGCUGUGUUAUGUCAUCUCUUCUGGGUGAUUGAGCAAAAGAUCCCCAAGAAUAUGGUGGUCUACAGGAAGGUUGGGGGCUCAGGCAAGACCUUGGACCCCACUAGUUGUGCCCUGGAGGUGGUGAAGCUUGUGUUCUUCGCAGCCGCAUACGAUGGAGUGGUGGUCUAUGCAGAUGAGCAUAAGUGCUGGGAUCAUCUGUCCUCCUCUAAAUUUUACUACAGAGGGAUCAUGGACCUGACAAGUGGCAUUGUGAAGAACUGUGAUGCAGUCAUGCUGCACCGAAUUCUGAACCUUGCCAAGACCUUCCUUGACAGCGGAGAUAAUCAUCGGAAGACCUUGGCCAGGGCCGUCUAUGCACAGCUCCUCUGGCAUCGAUCAGUGGCUCAGACUCUGGGACAAGACUUUGUGGGCAAUCUAAUCAAGUGGACCAAGGAUCCCAACCUCAUCAUGAAAGAAAUUGGACUCCGUGGAAUCAGUAACCUGGCACUGCAUCCAAGUCAAUCAGAGUCUGUCAAGAGCCUGUUUCCAUCCUUGCGAGACUUCCUGAAGAGUGAGGCACGGGUGACAGUUCAGGCAGUGAAGGCCCUACGGAACAUCAUCUACCAUGGGCAUGGAGAAGAGGUCAAGGCGAUGUUCUGCAGCAUCUCCAGGCAUCUGCGUCCACUCAUCAAUGAUGAGAGGGACCAGGUGAAGAUCACAGCCGUCUCUGCCCUUAGGCACAUGCUACAUAGAGUCAACAAAUUCAAGCCUGGAUAUGCCAUCAAGAAACAUCUGUACAGUUUUUUAGUCCCGCUGCUGCUUAGCUUAGAGGACAACAACACCGAGGUGGUCAAGGCCUGUGGAGCAGCCCUGACUGAGUGGACGAAUGUGAUUGGCUGGUCAUCCUUCACACAGAUGUUUCAGCAUACCACCCUCAGUGAUCACAUGCAGGUGUUGGAAGAAACAUGCAACCAUUUGGUGAAUACAUGCAAAAUACAAUUAGUGGGGGAGUUACUGUUUCAGAGCUUCAGCUUCUUGAAGAGCUCCGAGUCCUUCCUACGGACAGCUGCAGUCCAUUUCAUAGCAUUAAUAGCUAAGAAGAUAAACCUGCAUUCCAUACAUGAGGAUGAUGUGCAGCUGUUACGAAAUGCUCUUGAAAGUUUGAAGAAUGAUCCUGUGGAAUCUAUCCAGAUUCUGGUGACUACUCUUCUUCAAAAUAUUGAGGAAUAUGUUAAUCCUGAGGACAGCUCUACUUCCAUUAUAAGUACUCGCUUCUUCCGAUUAUGUGGCAGGAAAGCCCGAAAAAGAAAGAGGCACCUAUUUAAGACUGUCAGACAGGAAGGAGAUAAUGAUACUGAUCGGCCCAGGAAUUGGCUCCUAGGCCCUCUAAAUUUACUGUGGAACUGGUGCAAGGGAGGGUAAAAAAUACUCGCCUUAUAAUAGGCAACUUAGAAAAGUCAACACAGUCACAAGAACCAAAGUCUGAAAGUCUCCCUGAUGAAACUGAAUUGAUCCCCAAACAAGUUGCUCCUGAGUCACUGUGAACAUUUAGAACUGGUGGCUAAAGCCUUUUCCAGUUGUUUAUUCGGAUGUCAGUGCUGGACUCUGCGUAGUCUCUCCCACCUUUUUUCCAACUGGGUGGGCGACUUUGGUUUAACCCCAAAUAGGUAGUUUUGAUCUUAGAAGAUAUAGUAUAUUCCUUGUUCUCUAUCUCCCCUAGGGUAUUGUUAGCUAUCAGUAUAUACAUUUUUAAAUAAAUGUUAU